AUGGAUGGGAGAAAUAGUGAUCAGACAGAGAAAAUAAUGGAUGAAGUUAUGUUGCCCGGUUUUAGGUUUCAUCCCACAGAUGAAGAGCUGGUAGGGUUUUAUCUGAAGAAGAAGGUCCAACAUAAACCCCUCUCCAUUGAGCUCAUCAAGCAGCUUGACAUCUAUAAAUAUGAUCCAUGGGAUCUCCCAAAGCUAGCGGCGGUGGGGGAAAAAGAAUGGUAUUUUUACUGUCCUCGGGAUCGGAAGUACAGGAACAGUGCACGGCCGAACCGGGUGACGGGGGCGGGUUUUUGGAAGGCCACCGGAACCGACCGGCCGAUCUACUCGUCGGAGACGUCAAAGUGCAUCGGACUCAAGAAAUCCCUUGUGUUCUACAAAGGUAGAGCCGCCAGAGGGAUCAAAACCGAUUGGAUGAUGCAUGAGUUCCGCCUGCCCUCCAUCUCUGAUAUCUCCACCCCAAAACGAUGUUUGGACAAAAAUAUCCCUCCCAAUGAUGCAUGGGCAAUAUGCAGGAUUUUCAAGAAAGCAAACUCCAAUGCACAAAGGGCACUUUCCCAUUCAUGGGUAGUCUCAUCAUCACCUCCAACCAUACCCCAAACCCCCACCACCACCACAACACAACAAACCCUCCUAACCCAAAACCCCAACAACCUUAAUCAAGUGUCCAUGGCAACCCAUGACUUCAAAAACUCACCGGAGAUCAUGGGCCUAGAUCUCCUCCCCUACAAUGACCCCUCCACAAGCUACACAUUCCCCCCUUCCCUAUUCACCCAUCCUCAUAUGCCCUUGCAAAAACCCACCAUUAAUGAUGCAUCUUCCUUGUUGUUGGACAUGUCAAACUCGGUGUUUGGGGAGUUUGUAGGGAAGGGUUCAGGUGAGAGCACGGUGGACUAUGGUGGGCUGAUCAACGACGGGUUUUCGGUGGUGGGGCCGGAGAAUGCCGUGGAGGGCAGCCUGCAAGAUGGUGGUGGUGGUGGUGGUGGUGGUGCAGUUGUGGUGGUGGGGCCGGGGAAAGAAUCAUCAAACAUAAUUGAUGAAUCCAUUAGGUUUUCUUUCAAUGGGUUUCCUUUGAAUAUGGGGGCUGAGAAUGCAUGGAAGUUGUCUAGUUUGGUGUGGGAGUCUUCACCAUGCCCUAGUGAGAUAUCUAGUACUAGUUAUUCUACUAGCAAGUGUUACACUUGA